AAAUCACGCCUGCACUCGAACCUGAACCACCCGAACCAGCGAGGCUUCAGACGUCAUCGGUGACGUCGCUCGCCAGUCGAAACGAGCUUCGUUAACGACACUCACGGUCCGAAACCUCGGCGCAGCGCGUCCCGUCAGCAUCGGAUUCGCGUGGCAUUUCUCGUGUCUGCCUUCCUGCCCUCGUCAUUAGCUCCGUGCAGCCUGACGCCGCUAACGGAAGCAUUCACCCGGGCCUGUCCUACGCAGCAGGGUUUUGGCUUAUCCAGGAAAACACCAUCAGCCAUGUCCUCCGUCAGCAGCUCAAACACAGUUUUUGCCUUGGAGCUGUUCCGCACUCUGAGCCAAGCAAACCCUGCUGGGAACAUCUUUGUCUCUCCUCUGAGCAUCAGCUCAGCCCUGGCCAUGGUCUACCUGGGAGCCAAAGGCGACACCGCUGCUCAGAUGGCAAAGGUCCUCUCAUUCAGCUCAGGUGAAGGCGUCCAUGCAGACCUGCAGAAACUGAACGCUGACAUCAGCUCACCAUCUGCAUCAUACAUCCUGAAACUAGCCAACCGUCUUUAUGGAGAAAACACUGCCCACUUCCUCCCAACUUUCCUUGAAGCCACACAGAAGUACUACCAGGCAGACCUGAAGGCUGUGGACUUCAUCGGAGCUCCAGAGGCGUGCAGAGCAGAGAUCAACAGCUGGGUGGAGCAGCAGACAGAAAAUAAGAUAAAAGAGCUUCUGAAGCCAGGAACAGUCAGCUCAGAGACCAAACUGGCUCUGGUCAAUGCCAUCUACUUCAAGGGAAACUGGAAGAGUCCCUUUGAUAAGGCAGACACCAAAGAGAUGCCCUUCAAAGUCAAACAGAAUAUGACCGUACCAGUCCAGAUGAUGUACCAGAUGGAGACGCUGCCCUACAACCACAUUCGUGACCAUGGUCUGCAGAUCCUGGAGCUGCCGUAUGUGGAUGAGGAGCUCAGCAUGUUCAUUCUGCUGCCUGACGAGUCCUCAGACGGCUCAGAUGCUCUGCUGAAGCUGGAGAAUGAGCUAACACAAGAGAGGCUGGACGAAUGGACCAACAGGAACAACAUGGACGUUGAGUCAGAAGUUUUCCUUCACCUGCCAAAGUUCAAGCUGGAGGAAGACUACGAGCUGAACGAGCCUCUCACUCAACUGGGCAUGAAGGACGUGUUCUGUGGAGGAAGAGCUGACCUGUCUGGCAUGAACGGUGAAGGGGGACUCUUCCUGUCUACGGUGGCCCACAAGGCCUUUGUGGAGGUGAACGAGGAGGGCACAGAAGCUGCUGCAGCCACAGGUGGCAUUGUGAUGCUUUGUUCCAUGCCGAGAUUGGUGCAAUUCACAGCAGAUCACCCCUUCCUCUUCUUCAUCAGGCACAAUCAGACCAAGUCCAUCCUGUUCCUUGGCAGAUUCUCAUCUCCUCAGUAAACAGAAGCACCAGAAGAAGAUCGUGGACCAGUUCAAAUAAAAUGUCUUUGAAACAAUAUAAAUGAAA